AGCCUCACAUCGGCCCAUUCAACUCCCUCGCCCUUCUGUCUUCCUCCGUCAUCUCUUACACGUGGAAACAUUCGGACUCAACCUCAGCUCGGAAUCCCGAAGGAGCCCGUGGAAAGAGAUCGGAUAGACACCUUUCACUUCGCACCGAUUACAUGUCACCGCCCGGAAGCGCCAUGAAACCACCGCACUCCCUCUCGCCGUCCGUAUAAAUUCCUGCUCCCUCACGUUCCUUCGUCCAAAGCCCUCUUGAAAAGCGCCCAGACCCACCGAAGCAUACGAUCACCGCUUCAAGAAUUUCGUCGAACACCAUGUCACUGAUCCCGAGCUUCUUCGGCGGGCGUCAUGGCGGCGUCUUCGACCCCUUCUCCCGCGACAUAUGGGACCCCUUCGAGGGCUUCGGCCUCGCCGCGGCCGUCCAGCCCCCGUCCGGCGGGGACCGGGAGGCUGCGGCCAUAGCGAACGCGCGGAUCGACUGGAAGGAGACGCCGGAGGGGCACGUGUUCAAGGUGGACCUGCCGGGGCUGAAGAAGGAGGAGGUGAAGGUGGAGGUGGAGGACGGGAGGGUGCUGCAGAUCAGCGGGGAGAGGCGGAGGGAGCAGGAGGAGAAGACGGACAAGUGGCACCGCGUGGAGCGGAGCAGCGGGCGGUUCGCGCGGCGGUUCAGGCUGCCGGAGAACGUGAGGCUGGACGAGGUCCGGGCCAACAUGGAGAACGGGGUGCUGACGGUGGUGGUUCCCAAGGCGGAGGAGAAGAAGCCCGAGGUCAAGGCCAUCGACGUCGCCGGCGGAGAGUUGGAGAGGGAGAGGGCGGAGUGAGCUGAAGCUGACGAGGGAGGCGCGAGGAGAGAAGAGAAGGUGGUGUUCUGGUGAAUAAGGCCAACGUCAUGGCUGUGUUCCUUUGUUUGCUUUGGUUUUCCUUCUUGCUUUUUAUCUUUUCCGGGGUAUAAUAUCGUAGAUGAAGAUGAAGAUGAAGAUGGAAGGUUUCGAUGUAAGGGUUUUUUUUUUUUGGCUAAAAGAUGUAAAGAGGGGUUUUGUGAAUCGCCACAGUGCGACUAUAUGACAUAAGUGACAAAUAUAA